AAUUUUGCUUCAUCAUUUCUUUACUAUAUCAAUCUAACAAAGAAAAACAAGACAAAGAGGCCAACAAUGGGAUGCUUAUUUGCCACAAUUCUUCACAGCUCUUCCUUCUUCUUCUCCAUAUUAAUACUCUCCAACGCCAUGACAGACACCAUUACAGCAAAUCAAACAAUUGGAGUAACCGACACCAUUGUUUCAUCCCAAAAAAACUUCGAGCUCGGCUUCUUCACUUCCGGGAACUCCAACAACUUCUACUUGGCAAUCUGGUACAAGAAAAUCUCAACCAGAACAAUUGUCUGGGUCGCAAACAGAGCUAGGCCGCUCACCGAUUCACUCGGUGUUCUAAAAAUCACAAAUCCAGGAAUUCUGGUUCUUCUCAAUAGCACUGGCAAUGUAAGUUGGUCCUCGAAUUCAUCGACAACGGUUCAGAAUCCAGUGACACAGUUGUUUGACAAUGGAAAUCUUGUCGUGCGAGACGGAGAUCAACCCCAAAAUAUUUUAUGGCAAAGUUUUGAUUAUCCGACAGCUACUUUUCUACCCGGAAUGAAGUUCGGGAAGAAUUUGGUAUCUGGGUUGGACCGCUACCUGACAUCCUGGAGAAGCUCUGACAAUCCUUCUCUAGGAAACUUCACCUACCGGCUCGACCCCAGUGGAUCUCCACAGCUGAUUGUCAGAAGUGGGACCACGGUAAAAUUCCGGUCCGGUCCAUGGAAUGGUCUACGAUUCAGCGGGUUUCCGAUGUUAAGCCCAAACCCGGUUUACACAUAUGGGUUUUUUUCCAAUAAAGAGGAGAUGUACUAUCAGUUCAACCUCGUGAACAGCUUGGUUUUUACCCGGUUGGUGUUAAGCCCAACCGGAUUAGUCCAGCGGUUUACGUGGGCCGAGCGGACCAACGAGUGGGUACUCUACUCAUCUGCACAAACUGACAACUGUGACAGUUACGGGCUAUGUGGGGCCUACGGUAACUGCAUAAUAAACCGAUCCCCGCCGUGUUGGUGUUUGGAUGGGUUCGAGCCGAGGUUUCUGAGGGAUUGGGAGGGUGCAGAUUGGUCGGGCGGGUGCCAUCGAGCAGUGCAGCUGGACUGCUGGAGCGAUGGGUUUGUGAAGUAUAGUGGGGUGAAAUUGCCGGACACUAGGGAGUCAUGGUUCAAUGAGAGUAUGAGCCUUGUUGAGUGUAGGACAUUGUGUUUGAUGAACUGUUCUUGUAUGGGUUAUACGAGCUCGGAUAUCAGAGGAGAGGGAAGUGGGUGUUUGGUUUGGUUUGGGGAUUUAAUUGAUUUGAGGGAGUUUAAUGAAAAUGGACAGAUUAUAUAUAUACGUAUGGCUGCUUCAGAAAUAGAUGGUUUGACAACUCAUCAUGAACGCUCCAGUCCAAAUAAACAAAAGAGGGUCAUAGCUGCCUCUAUAACAUUUGUGGGUAUUCUACUUCUUGGUCUAUCUCUGGUUUUUUGGGUUGGCAAGAAGCAAAGGAAACGAGAGGAGAACCAGAAGGAGGAGUUUGAGUUACCACUCUUUGAAUUGGCUACAAUCUCCAAUGCGACCAAAAACUUUUCACAAGAUAAUAAGAUCGGAGAGGGUGGAUUUGGACCAGUAUACAAGGGAAUAUUGAUGGAAGGACAAGAAAUAGCCGUGAAGAGGCUUUCUGAAAAUUCAAGACAAGGAUCUGACGAGUUCAAGAAUGAAGUUAUUUAUAUUGCCAAACUUCAACACCGAAAUCUUGUGAAACUCCUUGGAUGUUGCAUUGAAGUAGAAGAGAAAUUGUUGAUCUACGAAUACAUGUCUAACAAAAGCUUGGACUACUUUAUUUUCGAUCAAAAGCGUAGCAUGUUGUUAGAUUGGCCUAAACGCUUCAACAUUAUUGUUGGGAUUGCACGAGGACUUCUUUAUCUUCAUCAAGAUUCUAGAUUGAGAAUUAUUCAUAGAGAUCUAAAGGUUGAUAAUAUCUUAUUAGAUAAUGAGAUGAACCCAAAGAUUUCAGACUUUGGCAUUGCUAGAAGUUUUGGUGGCAAUGAAACUGAAGCAAAAACGAAUAAAGUAGUUGGAACACAUGGUUACAUUUCUCCAGAAUAUGCAGUUCAUGGUAUUUACUCUGUAAAAUCUGAUGUGUUUAGCUUUGGGGUAUUAGUGUUGGAGAUAUUGAGUGGAAAAAGGAAUAGAGAAUUUCAUCAUCCAGAUCACCACCUUAACCUUCUUGGCCAUGCAUGGAAACUCUACAUAGAAGGAAGGCCACUGGAAUUAGUUGAUUCAUUAGUAAGGGGAUCAUGGUGCGAAUGUGAAGUGCUAAGAUCAAUUCAUGUUGGACUACUAUGCGUACAACAAUAUCGGGAAAAUAGGCCGAGCAUGUCAGCUGUGACAAUGAUGUUGGGUGGUGAGGGUGCGAUGCCUCAGCCUAAACAACCAGCCUUUUUCGGGGAAGAGAGUCCACAAGGAGUAGAUUCAUCAUCCGAAAGCAAAAACAUAAUGUGUUCAGCCAAUGAAGUAACCAUCACAGAGUUAAAAGCUCGAUAAUGUUGGCAUUUUUGUAAGCAUGUUGUGAAUUGAGGUCUUAUAAUAUUAAAAUGUAGAGUUAAUUGCAUUUGUUGGGUAAAGCUUUUAAUUUCCAAGUCAAAAUAUGAAAUGAUUGUAGUGUGAAACUUCAAUCAUCAAUUAUGUAUAGACUUGGAACUUUUGCUUCAAACUUUCACUAUGGUAGAACAUGUAACAAUUAUGGAAAAUUAUAUGCCAAAGUUCAUCUCUUUCUACACUUUUCUAGUCUUUGGGAU